CAUUCAGACAGAAGAGGACGUCCAGCUCGGUUGAAAAAAAGAAAAAAAUGAAUGGCUCAGUAUCAACAACUCGCGUCGAACCACUUUCUCAAACAUCCGCUCCGCUCACAACAAAUAAUUUAAAAAACAAUAUGAUAAGAGAGGUUUGGCAAGAUGAAAAAGAAAAAAAGCCAACUUUUCUAUGGUCCUAUAGACUUGGAAAUUUUAUGCAAGAACUACAAGAAAGAAUAAGGUAUUUUCUAAAAUUUGACACGACGACUAGAACAAGAUUAAUCUAUAAGGAAAGAAUACGAUUUCCUACUAUCACAAUUUGUAAUGAAAAUAGAGUAGUACUAUCUAAAGCAAAAGUAAUGGAUCCGUACACUGUUGAGAUGAUUAAAUUGAUUUGGUCGCCAGAUCCACUUGAAUCAAAAACAAUCGAAAUUACCGAUGAUAAUAGAGAUUUAGCAAAUAAUUCUCUCAUGAAUUGGGAAAAUGCUUAUAUAACCCUGUCACAUACGCAGAAAGAGGUCAUUAGUUCUUGCGUAUUUAAAGGAGAGUUAUGUAAAGAUUCAUACUUGAUAGAUGUUUCCACUACAAUGGGACGGUGUUUCCAAUUUAAUCCUAGGGGUCAGAAUCACUAUGCUACAGCAGCGGGAAGUGCUGAUCCUUUAAUCUUGAUCCUAGAUACUAAACAGCACGAAUACUUGGCCGCUAAUUCUCCUUCUGCAGGCUUCCGAAUUCUUUUACACGAAAAAGAUACAGUACCUGAAAUAUAUCAACGAGGUAUUAAACUUGCUCCGGGAAUGGAAACAGUCGUUUCAGCGACUUUAAAAGAAUCUAAAUACUUACCAAAACCAUACGGAAAUUGUAAUAAUGACGCCACUUAUAGGCAAGCUACUUGCUUUCAUAAUUGCUCUUCUAACUACGUAGCUAAACAUUGUGGAUGUAUCGAUAUAGAUAUGACACCAAAAGAUAAGGUCCCUAUUUGUGCUCCUCUCAACUUUCCGUGCACAAGAAAGAAACUGAUAGAUUAUUUCAAAAAUCAAGAAUUCAGAAAGUGCGAUUGUCCAUCUCAGUGUGAUAUUAUUACCUAUCAAUCGUCUAUAUCAGGAUCACCAAUUAGUGAUUACUAUCUUCAAGUAAUAAAUAAAGAUCAGCCAUCUUUAACAGCUGCUGAAGUCGACAAAAACAUUGUCAUAGUAAGCAUCUAUUUUUCAUCAAUGAUUAGCGAAGAAGUAACAGAGAGCGCCGCCUAUUCGUGGUUGGCACUCAUGUCGGACGUUGGAGGAGCAUUUGGUUUAAUACUGGGGGCAACUUUCCUGACUUUAGUUGAGUUAAUAGACUUCUUAGUAGUUUCAACUUUUGAAUACUGCACUGUAAAAGCUCACGAAAAACAAGCAAGAUCUGCAUGA